CCAAGUCGCGAUUUGACGCUAUUAUUUUCUAUUUUUAUAGCCAACCACAGCUGUAACCCGAGAGAGAGAGAGAGAGGAGAGAGAAGAUGUCGUGGCAAUCGUACAUCGACGAUCACCUGAUGUGCGAGAGCGCCGCCAUCCUCGGCCACGACGGCAGCGUCUGGGCCCAGAGCGAGAACUUCCCUCAAUUCAAGCCUGAGGAAAUUAGUGCUAUCAUGAAUGACUUUGAGGAGCCUGGAUCUCUUGCACCAACAGGGUUAUUCCUUGGCGGUACAAAAUACAUGGUUAUCCAAGGUGAACCUGGGGCUGUUAUUCGAGGAAAGAAGGGCUCUGGUGGUGUUACUGUUAAGAAAACUAGUAUGGCUUUGAUCGUUGGAAUUUAUGAUGAGCCAAUGACUCCUGGACAGUGCAAUAUGAUUGUCGAGAGGCUCGGUGAUUAUCUCCUCGAACAGAACUUCUAGGUUUGGUGAAGUCCCUUUUUUCUGUUUGGGUUUGGUUUGAUCUUUGCUCUGCUUGAAAUGAAUAGUAUCAAUUCUUCAAUAUCAUCUGAGUUAUGUGAGAGGGUCUGGUGUUUGGUUAAUAUGCGUUGUAUGAUCUCAUAUCCCAUGAUAGUUCUCUGUGAUUUUACUUGAAAUGGUGUUGUGACUUUUUAAGGCCAGUCAUGGUGCUUAUUUAUAAAGCAGGUUUGCAUAUUUAAAGAAAUUUGCUUGGUUAAA